UACGACAAAAAUAAAAGAAAUGAAUGAGGAAACGAUGGAUUUGGAGGAUGUGAACAUGAACGACGUUACAAACUCCGAGGAGGAGUAUUCGGAAAAUGAACGCAAAUUACUUAAGAAAGUGCGAGACAGACAGUCCUCGGAAAGUUAUGACAGUGAUUACGAAGUAUAUGGGUUAUUGGAUGCGAACGAACAGAAUCAAAAUGAUACGGAAAACGAAGACCAGAUGGAUUCCAUGGAGUCUGACAUCGAAGGACUACAAGAAGAUUUUAAUCUGCCAAAUGAAAAAGCUUGGGGAAGAAAGAAAAAAGCGUAUUAUUCUACGGAUUUCGUAGAUCCUGAUUAUGCUACUAUCAGUCAAAAAGAUUUGGCAGAAGCAGAAAUCGAGGAGGAAGAAGCCAGAAACAUUCAGAAAAGAUUGGCAGAGCAAUUGGACGACGUUGAUUUUGGACUAGAUCUUGUACAACCGGCAAAAAGUAACGAUGAAAAGCUAUACAAGGACGUGGAGCAAUUUAUAAAAAUGGAUUUUGACAAACUUAGCAAGAGACAAAAACAAACAAUGAUGCAGAAAGAGAGCCCGGAAUUUAUGAUUCUUGUAAAUGACCUUAAAGAUCACAUGACAGAAGCAAAAGAUUCGUUGGCGCCAUUUCUAAAGUUAAUCAAAAAUGGUAUUGUUCCUAAUUGUCCUGCAGUUUCCUUCGUAAAGACAAAGUAUCAUCUUUUAUUAAAUUAUUGUAUCAAUAUUUCGUUUUAUCUGAUGCUUAAAGCAAAAAGACUGCCUGUUAAUUCCCACCCAAUUAUAAAACGUUUGGCACAGUAUCGUCAGCUGUUAAAUCAACUAGAAUCUGCGCAAGGAAAUUUAAUGCAGGAAAUACAGGAAAUACUAAGAGCCAAAAGAGAAGACAAAGUACUGUAUAGUACAUUAAAUGGUAGUGAAAUAAGCAUCGAUAACCAAAGGAUAUGUCUCAAAGAAAAAGUGAAUUAUGUAAAGGAAGCUGUAGAUGAUGUUGCAAAUGUACAUUCGUUAGAAUCUGAAUCUGAAUCUGAAUCUGAAUUAGAAGCAGAAAACGAUAAAUAUAUAGAUAAGAAGUUCAAGGACAAGAUCUUGGACAAUAAAGGAGAAAGUAAAAUGGAAAGUACCAAUAUUCCAGAUGUAAUCGAAGAUAAAGGAAAAAGAGCAAUUACGUAUCAAAUAGCAAAAAAUAAAGGUUUAACGCCGUAUCGUAAGAAAGAACAACGCAACCCUAGAGUAAAACACAGAAAUAAAUAUCGCAAAGCAAAAAUUCGUAGGAAGGGAGCGGUAAUUGUCUUAAAUGUUUAAUACAUUCUGACAUGUGAUUAACUUACAAUUUGCGAAUAUAAUUUUUUAUUUUUCAGAUAAGGGAAGUAAGAAAAGAGAUCACUCGUUAUGCUGGAGAGAUAUCGGGCAUUAAAGCUAGCGUAAAGAAAAGUAUCAAAUUGAAA